AUGGCCCCAAAAUCAGGGAAAGGGAAAACUAAUAAAGCAAAGACAGAGAAGAAGAAAAAGGAGGAGAAAGCAGUAGCACCUUCUCUUGUUGACAUCAUUGUGGUUACUCCCUAUGAUUCACAAAUUGUACUCAAGGGUAUCUCUACUGAUAAGAUUCUUGAUGUGAGGAAGCUAUUGGCUGUGAAGGUGGAAACAUGCCAUUUCACAAACUAUUCUUUAUCUCACGAGGUUAAGGGUCAAAGAUUAAAUGACAAAGUUGAAGUUGUUGCCCUAAAGCCAUGUGUUCUAAGAAUGGUUGAAGAGGAUUAUAAUCAAGAGAUUCAAGCAGUUACACACGUGCGAAGGCUAUUGGAUAUUAUUGCUUGUACCUCGAAAUUCGGAAAGCCCAAACGUAACUUGUCAGGCCCAGAUUCGAAGCCCAAGAAAAACGGAAAAGCCCAAAAUCAUAACAAGAGCAGUCUGAGUCCACCGGCUACACCGAAUGGAGAAGGCCGGGUCGGGUCACCGACGGCGGAGGUGUCGGCAUCGCCGAUCUCGGAUAAUGUCGGAAUGGUGGCUAUUCACCCGACGCCGAAGCUGUCAGAUUUUUACGAGUUCUUUUCGUUUUCGCAUCUCUCUCCACCGAUUUUACAUUUGAAGAAAUGUGAACUGAAGGAUGAAGAUGAACGACGCAAAGGAGGUUACUUUCAACUUCAGGUUAAAAUCAGCAAUGGCAAAGUGAUUGAAGUGGUUGCUUCAGAGAAAGGCUUUUAUAGUGUGGGGAAGCUGUCUCUGCAGAGUCACACAUUAGUUGAUCUUUUGCAACAGCUCAGCAGAGGUUUUGCUAACGCAUAUGGAUCAUUGAUGAAAGCUUUUUCGGAUCGCAAUAAGUUUGGAAAUCUUCCAUACGGACUCCGAUCCAACACAUGGCUUGUCGCUCCAUCUGUUGGCGAAUCUCUUUCAAACUUUCCAGCUCUACCUGCCGAGGAUGAAAGCUGGGGUGGUAAUGGUGGUGGCCAAGGAAGAAAUGGUGAAUAUGAUCAUCGACAAUGGGCAGCAGAUUUUGCAAUAUUGGCUUCUCUUCCUUCCAAAACCGAGGAAGAGAGGGUGAUCAGAGAUCGUAAAGCCUUUUUACUUCACAAUAUGUUUGUUGAUACCUCGAUAUUGAAGGCUGUUGCAGCUAUACAGCAUGUGAUGGAGUCCAAGUCUAGUAUGAAUUCUUCUCCGGGUUCUGUUCUGCAUCAAGAUCAUGUUGGAGAUUUAUCCAUCGUAGUCGAACGCGGCGGAAAUGGAAAGUUUGACUCUACACUGAAUGAAUCCAUUAAGCGUAAUGACGAAAUUCAGAAAAACUUAAUCAAAGGGUUGUCUGCUGAUGAAAGUGUCAUUGUUAAUGAUACUUCUUCCUUGGCUGUUGUGGUUGUUCACCAUUGUGGAUAUACAGCAACAGUAAAGGCUGUGGGUAAUGCGAACACGAGGAAGUCUAAAGUUCAGGAUAUUGAAAUAGAAGAUCAACCAGAAGGAGGCGCAAAUGCUCUUAAUAUCAACAGUUUGAGGGCACUGCUUCACAAGUCAGGAGCUGAAUCUUCAGAGGGGACUUUAACUUCCUUGUCAAAUUUUGAUGACUUGGAUGCUUCAAAAACUAUUGUUGGGAAGGUGGUUGAAGAAUGCUUUGAAAAGAUAAAGGAAGAGACAAAUGUUUCAAAUAGGUCGAUUCGAUGGGAACUUGGUUCUUCUUGGAUGCAGCAUCUGCAGAAACAGGAAACUUCAACAGAUAUCGGUUCUAAUAACAAGGAUGGCAAUGAUGCUGCGCAAUCUGUGAAAGGUCUUGGAAAGCAAUUUAAGUUAUUGAAGAAGAGAGAAAAGAAACCAAGUGACUUAAAUGUUGCAGAUUCUAGUGAGCAAAAUAUCAAUGAGCCAAAUAAUGAUGAAUUAAGUAGUUCUAAUGAGUUGGAAAAACUACUUUCUAAAGAAGCUUUUUUGAGUCUCAAAGAAUCUGGAUCUGGUCUUCAUACGAAGUCAGUGGAUGAACUUAUCAACAUGGCACACAAGUUUUAUGAUGAAGUUGCCUUGCCAAAGCUGGUUACAGAUUUUGCAUCACUUGAACUUUCUCCUGUUGAUGGUCGUACUUUAACUGACUUCAUGCAUUUAAGGGGACUUAAGAUGGGAUCUUUGGGUGAAGUGGUUAAACUUGCAGAGAAUCUUCCACACAUACAAUCCCUUUGUAUUCACGAGAUGAUAACUCGAGCGUUCAAGCAUCUACUUAAAGCAGUUAUUGCUUCUGUCGACCAUGUAGCAGAUUUACCAUCAGUCAUUGCGUCAACACUGAAUUUCUUACUUGGAGGGUCUCGAACUGAAGAUACAGACCAAACUUCUGGUGAUGAUCAUCAUCUAAAAAUUCAUUGGUUACGGAUGUUUUUGUCCAAAAGAUUUGGUUGGACAUUAAAAGAUGAAUUUCAACAUUUGAGAAAGUUGUCUAUUCUUAGAGGGCUCUGUCACAAGGUUGGAUUAGAGUUGUUCUCUAGAGAUUAUGACAUGGAGUCGCCUAAACCGUUUGGGAAGUUCGAUAUUAUCAGCCUUGUUCCUGUUUGCAAGCAUGUGGGAUGCUCCUCAAUAGAUGGACGCAAUUUAUUGGAAUCAUCUAAAAUUGCUCUUGAUAAAGGAAAGCUUGAGGAUGCUGUGAGCUAUGGAACAAAGGCAUUGGCAAAGAUGAUGACUGUUUGUGGUCCAUAUCAUAGGAAUACUGCAAGUGCGUAUAGUCUUCUCGCUGUGGUUCUCUAUCACACAGGAGAUUUUAACCAGGCCACCAUUUAUCAGCAGAAGGCAUUAGAUAUCAACGAGAGAGAGCUUGGACUUGACCAUCCUGACACAAUGAAAAGCUAUGGUGAUCUGUCUGUUUUCUACUAUCGUCUGCAACAUAUUGAGCUGGCUUUGAAGUACGUUAAUCGCGCUCUAUUCCUCCUUCAUUUCACAUGUGGUCUGUCUCAUCCAAAUACGGCGGCAACUUAUAUAAACGUGGCAAUGAUGGAAGAAGGCAUGGGAAAUGUUAAUGUGGCACUUCGGUACCUGCAUGAAGCUCUUAAAUGCAACAAAAGAUUGUUGGGAGCAGAUCAUAUACAGACUGCUGCAAGCUACCACGCCAUAGCCAUAGCUCUUUCGUUGAUGGAAGCAUAUUCUCUAAGUGUGCAACAUGAGCAAACUACACUUAAGAUACUUCAAGCAAAGCUUGGUGCAGAAGAUCUUCGAACUCAGGAUGCCGCUGCAUGGCUAGAAUAUUUUGAAUCAAAAGCCAUAGAACAGCAAGAAGCAGCAAAAAAUGGAACUCCAAAGACAGAUACAUCCAUUGCAAGUAAAGGUCACCUUAGUGUGUCAGAUCUCCUGGAUUUUAUUAGUCCUGACAGCGAUUCAAAGGGAAAUGAUGCUCAAAGGAAACAAAGGCGUCCAAAGAUACUUCCAAUAAGUGACAACAGCUCUCAAGAACAUGAUGAUGCUGCAAUAGUGGAUGAUGGAGUUUUUGUUGAGAAUGCAAAAUUAGCUGCACCAGUGGUGGAAGGAAAAAUAGAAGAAACAAAUGCCACAAAAAUUUCUGAAAAACCAAAAGUAAUCGAGGAUCUUAGCAGGUACAAGCCAUUGGUUACAAGUGAAACUGUUUCUGAGACAUCAUCCGAUGAAGGUUGGCAAGAAGCCAAUUCAAAAGGGAGGUCAGCUAACGGUUCUAAACGCAAGUCUGGUCGUAGACAGAGGCCUCUUCUAUCGAAGCUCACUGUUAACGGUCCUGAUAGCCAUAUUUACAAAGAAGCCAGUUACAGGAACGACACUAUUGCCGUGCACCAAAAAGCAUCUCCAAAGGUAGCUUCAGCUGUGUUAUCUCCAUCCAGAAAAUCAAAAACUCUAAAAGCUUUGCAGUCUAAAACUGCUUCUACUCCAACCUCACUGAGUUCUUUGGCCUCAAAGUCUAUAUCAUACAAAGAAGUUGCUGUAGCACCGCCAGGUACCGUUUUAAAGCCAUUGGUGGAAAAAACCGAGACAGAAAAGGUAAGCGAUGAGAAUGAGACCCCAAAAAUUGAAGGUUCUAUCCAAAAUCCUAUAGCCGAUGAUACAGUUCCGAAGGAAGAUGAAAAAGAAGCGACUCAUGAAGAUGAACCGGAACAAGAAAAUUCUGCAUCAGAACUAGAGAAUGUUUCUUUUUCAAGUGAUCAAGCAAAACCUACAGAAUCAAAUGGAAGUAAGCUUUCAGCUGCAGCAAAACCGUUCAGUCCAGGAACGUUGUCUGCUUCUCGCCAGUUAAAUCCUGUUCCUCUUGCAAGCAUAUAUGAUGCAGAUGGUAGUCAAGGCAUUCUCGUGGAGCCCAUUCUUCCUCCUGCUGCUGCCCGGGUCCCUUGCGGGCCAAGAUCACCAUUGUAUUACAGAACCAAUUAUAUGUUUCGCAUGAAACACGGUUCAGCGAAAAUAAGGGAAAUAAGUGGAUCAGGCGGUCCAAAAAUAAUGAAUCCACAUGCUCCUGAGUUUGUUCCAAGACGCGCUUCUCAAGCAGAAACAGGCGAAGUCAAGAAUAAUUCUUCAAAAAACAGUCUUUCGGAAUCUGAGAAGUCAGAGAUAGCAAGACAGAUAUUGCUGAGUUUUCUAGUGAAAUCGGUUCAUCAAAAUGCUGAUACUGUGGAUGAGCCUAAAGUUAGUGAAGGAAAAGUUGAGAAAUUUGAAAAUUCUUCUGACGAAGUUGCAAAAGACAGUGCUGUCAUAAAAAUAAUGUAUGGUACUGAAGAAAAAAAUAAGACAGCGGUUAGUUCCAGUGAUGACAGUGAAGAGCAAGACAAAAUAGAUGGUGAAGGAUUUGUAGUAGUGACAAACAGGAGGAAAAGCAGACAGAAAAUCACAAAUGGUGUCACAGAAUUGUACAACCAACCAUCAAUUUGUGCUUCGGUUCGUUGA